AUGGAUAUCAGGUGGCUUUUUGAAACUGAUUGUGAAUAUCUGUCUGAAUAUCUGCGUAGACCUGAUAUUGAUGUUAAUAGACGGGAUAUAUAUGGAAAAACACUUGCCAUUUACGCAGCACAGACGGGGAAAUCGCAGCACCUUAUUGAGAUACUGAAAUUUCGACCUAAUCUCGAUGUGACUGAUAGUGAUGGGAAGACGGCAUUAAUGUAUGCGGCUUAUCAACCUCAUAUUGGUAAUGUAGACAGACUACUGAAACAUGGAGCUAAUUCAAAUUUAGUGAACAAGAACGGUCAAACUGCUUUGAUUCUUGCGACAUAUCAGUCUAGCGAAAAAUGUGUAGAGCUUUUGAUUAAACAUAACGCAGAUGCCAAUGUGAUCGACAAAUCGAAUAACACUGCAUUGACUAUCGCGGUUUCAAAAUAUGAUGUAGAGUUGGUUGAUAUCAUUUUGCAAGCUGACAUCGAUUUAAACAACCUAAAAGUUGCUCUUAACAUCGCAAAGAAAAAAGAACUAAACACAAUAGCCUCGAAAAUCGAAACUGCAUUAUUACUUGCCGAGGAAAGAGAUCGUACAUCAUCGUUGUCUAAGGCAGUCAAGGAUAUGACGCUCCCUAAUAAAUUAAAUCUGGCAGAUGUUGAUGUUGUAGUUAAUCAACAAAGAUGUAACGAUAAUAUCGAAGUACAAGGAUAUAAAAGAGAAAUGGAAAAUAUACACAUGACUACCAGUUCUGACUCUUUUAAAGGCAACUAUACUAAAAGCGUAUCGCUAUACAGUAUGGGGGCAUCUAUGAGAUGCGAUGUUAACACAACUUACACUAGAUCUGGCAGUACUGUAUUCGACAGCAGUAUUAAAAAAGAAGAUCCAGUACAGUUGAUGAAAAUAAGGGAUUCGAAACAUAGUUCACUCACUGCAAGAGAUGGCUCUAAUAGUCUCACUGCCGGGAAUAAUCAUUCACAAUUUGACAUUUCAUCUUUACUGUUAGCAGCUUAUCACGGCAGGGUUGAUAUUCUUAGUUCAAUAAUACAGCACGAUGCAGACAUAAAUACUGCAGAUAAUCGGGGAACAACUGCUCUAAUGUUUGCUGUUCUUGCUAACUCACCUGAGUCCAUAACAUUUCUGUUAGAAAAUGGCGCCUCGUUAAAUAUGAAGGACAACAACGGAGACACGGCGAUGGACAUUGCUAUUUAUAGUGGAUACCAAAAAUGUGUCGACGUUUUAAAAAGACAUAUGUUUAAUGAAUGUGGCGAUUGGGGCUCUCAAUUAGUCUUGGCAGUUGAAAAUAAUCAUAUUCAAUGUAUAACUAGCAUUCUAAAAUCUGGAGUAGACGUGAAUGUGAGAAACGAUAAAGGUGAGACGCCGUUAAUAAGCGCCAUAUUGAAACAAAACAAAGAAAUUUUUGAUGUUCUUCUAAAUGAAGGAGCUAGUGUAAACUUCCUUGCUGGAGAAGGCAAGAGCCCUUUAAUGGCUGCCGCCUGGGUUGGGAAUACGUAUUUCCUGGAUAAACUUAUCCAGCUAAAAGCGUAUCCUGAUUAUCAGGAUUUUGAAGGUUUCACAGCGUUAAUGUUUUCCUGUAUGAAAGGACAUGUUGAAUGUGUCGAAAAGCUUUUAGAUUACGGUGUAAAUACUAAAAAGUAUGCACGAUCAAAAGACACUAAAGGGCGUGCUGAAUGUGUUGAUAAAAGUUUAGGUUAUGGUGUAAAUAAUACAUCAUGCACACCAUCAGGAGAUACUGCACUUUCUAUUGCAACUCAAAAUGAACAUUCAGAAUGCGUAUUUUUGCUCGAUCACUAUAACAUGCACAAGGCUGUACUUUUACCGAAGAGUACACUUAAUGUACACAGCAGUCUGUUUACUGAGUUAAUUCUUACUGCAACUCAGAAUGGCUACGGAUACUGUCUUGAAAAAUAUCUGAAAGCUGGGGCAUCAACGGACGACAAAAAUAAAGCUUUACUUUUCGCUUCUUCAACAGGAAGACUGAAUAUUUUAGAAAUGUUGAUAAAUCAUGGAGCUAAUGUGAAUGUUUAUGAUGAAUUCUAUAAGGUAACUCCUUUAAUGGAGUGUGCUAUCAACAAUCACAUUGAUUGUCUUAAGCUAUUAAUCAAACACAAAGCUUCUAUUAAUACCCAAAAUAGUAGUGGAGCAACAGCUUUAAUAUUAUCAGCCAUACAUGGGAGCGAAGAUUGCUUAUCAGAGUUGAUCAAAUAUAAUGCAUCUAUAGAUGCUAAAGACAAUAAUGAAGAAUGUGUUUGA